AUGAUCAAAUAUUACAACUACGUACUGCUGAUUCUGAUGCUCCUCCUGCAACUGCAGUCGUCGGAGUGUCGACACCGGAAUGGACAUGCCAGGGCUGCUGGUCGAAAGAAAGUUCAUGGACGUCACGAACUCGAACGUAUUAUUGGCGGCACUGCGGCAGAUCCGAACGAGUCGCCGUACCAAGUGUCUUUGCAGUACGAUAAAAAUCAUAUGUGUGGCGGAGCUAUUUUAGCUCCGACUUGGGUGGUUACUGCGGCACAUUGUAUUAUGGAGGGCAUCACCGUUCUGACGGGUGUCUAUGACCUUAUGAAGCCCAUUGAAGCGUUCAGGUAUGAAGUAGAGGAGAUGUUUCAGCACUGCCGCUACCUAGACGACAAAAUGAAUUACGAUAUUGGAAUGAUAAGGACAAAGAAACCUAUAAGUUUCAAUGAGAAAGUCGCAAUUAUUCAACUCGAAACACAAGAGCUCGAGCGGGACGCAGAGCUACGACUAACAGGAUGGGGAGCCACCAAAUAUGAGAAAACGGACAAUGAAGAGUAUCCGGAUAUGGAAUACCCCACCAUAAAGCAGGCGAUGACAUUUAAAUAUUGGCCUCGCGUAGAAUGCAACAAAAAGUGGGUGUCCAAAGAAGGCGAUGAACCUGUGGACGAGGAUGCCUUAUGCGCUUUCAAUUCAUUCGCUCACGGAGCGUGUGUUGGCGAUUCCGGGAGUCCGCUGACACACAAUGGAAAAUUGGUGGGCAUUGCCAGCUAUGUGAUGGCCUGCGCUCUCGGCUAUCCUGAUGUUUUCGUGGCCCAGCAAGCGGCCACAUAUACAAGUAGACGAAGUAUCGGCAAUGUUUGCGGUAUCAAUGGCUGUGGCGGCUUUGGCGGCUGUGCCGGCGGCGGCAGCCUGUUCUAA